AAUUGAAGAUGGGCUGAGCAAACAGGAGGAUUUCACACGUAAAUUUAGCCUUUUGAAUACUUCAAUGAUCGUAAUGACAAACUUGUACAUUGCAGUCGGCCUGUGUGGUUUUUUAGAUCAUCAAUACGUACCGGUGAUUGGAAAUUCAAUAUUGAAAUUCAUGCCGUCAAUCAGGAGUCAGACUAUCGUCAAAACGUGUGUGGCAGUGAAUGUCAUGUUUUUUCACAGAGAAUUGAAUUUAGAAUCCACAUUAUUGUGGGCGUCGUCGAUCAACGUGGCGAAAGUUAAAAGCAAUAAUAAAAAGUGUCAAACUUCACCGUCUACCGUGAGUUACUCCCCGAUCACGGUAGCGGGACUGUCGGCAUUCACCAAAAUCUUAUUCACGUUCUGUUCGUUUUUUGUUAACAUCGCAGUCACGUUGCCGGUCACAAACAAUGUCCACGUGAUCGUGGGGCUCAUCGGAUACCUGGGUAACGCUUGCAACAUGUUGAUCUACCCGUAUAUCGUCGAACUGUGCUUAACACAUGCCCUGCACGGUAUGUCCACCAGGCCGUACGUGAUAGCCAAGGACGUGUGUUUCGUCCUUUUGGGCUUGUCGGUGUUCGCGUGCGGUACGUCUGCGCUUGUGUUGCGUCUGGUUUACGGCGAUUCCUGAAAAAGGGUACGAUAUACUGAUACUAAAAAUUAUUAUUCAUGUACCUGAUAAUUCACAAUAAUAUAUACGU